AACAAAAAUCUUUUGUCCGCGGAAAAUCCGAAUCGUCUUAUCAGCGAAAAACGCUGCAGAUUUUCAGCUAUAAUCUUGGCGAGCACGCAUUAGAAAAGCGGUAAUCCGAGGGAACAGAACAGAGUUAGAAUGGCGAAGGUGAAAUACGAUUGGUAUCAAACAGAGACGGCCGUGACGGUGACGGUGCUGUUGAAAAAUGCGUCGGAAAAGAACUACUCCGUACAGCUGGAACAGAAUAGCCUGCAGCUAAAGGCGGACGGCAUUGAACUGAUCUCGUUGUCCCUCUGGAAUCCGAUUAACGUCGAACAGAGUGGCCACAAGGCAACUCCCAGCAAGGUCGAGAUCAAGCUAGCCAAGCUUAUCGGUCACCGCUGGGAAUCCCUGGAACGACCGGUGCAAACUGAAGAAUCAUCGCCUGCUGCUACCGCUGCCAGCAGUGCUACCGUGGCGGGAAAACCCAAACACAAUUGGGACAAGAUCUCGAAGGAAAUCGACCAGGAAGAGGACAAAGAGGACAGCGUGAACGAGCUGUUCCGGAAAAUAUACGCCGAUGCGAACGAAGACACGAAGAAGGCCAUGAUGAAAUCUUACUACGAGUCGAACGGUACCGUCCUCAGCACGAACUGGUCCGAGGUUGGAGCCAAGCCAGUUUCCAUUAAUCCCCCGGAGGGUUGCGAGUUUAAGAAAUGGAACUAAGUGCGCUUCCCGUAACGUGUACGUGUUUGCCUGUAAAUUAUUAUUAAAAUCUCACGUUAAGUGGUCUGAUCCAUGGCUAGUUAGCGUAGCGGAAGAGAGGGAGAGUGGAGCUUGUUCGGCGAGGAACUGUUUAUUUCAUUUAUCAUUUAUCUUCAUCCUCGCGACAAGCGGCUUGUUCUUUCGGGAAGAACAUUUUCAUUGUGUUGCUGUAGUACUGCGCUGCUAGUUCCGACACCGUUUUUCCUUUCACGCCAGCCAGAACUUCGAGAACUUGGCUAGAAAUAAAUGCGAAAUCAAUGACACCACA